CAUUAUUAGAGUGAGCAGUGAGGGGCAGUGUCGUUAAUGUCCCUCAGUCUGCAGUAUGGGAGGCAUGCUGAGGGCUGCUCUGUCCCUGGUAGACAGUAGAUCGCAUGCUGGCUCAGUUUAGAGGACGUUAGGAUUAAGCCACAAAAUGAAAACACCUGCAGCCAGGAAACUUUUUCACUUCAGCAGCAUUUGAAGGUGGGUCAGCUCCUCUGGACUACAGUUCCCACAUUCCUCAGACAGGAUGUUUCUGUGGGCAGGAGGUAAAGCAACAGAUGGAAGAAGUGAGAGCAGAUCCGUCAACCAGAAAAUCCAAUAUGACGUCCUGGACAAGAAGAAGACAGUGACCGCUCUGAGGGCAGGGGAGGACAGAGCCAUACUGCUGGGCCUCGGCAUGGUUGUCUUGUCCAUCAUGAUGUACUUUGUCCUGGGAAUCCCCAUCCUGCGCUCUUACUCUGACCGUGUGUGGACGGACGAGACCAGCUGCACCGUCGUGAACUCCACCAUCGUGUGUGAUGUAAACUGUUCGUACAGCUGUGGAACGGAGUGCCGGAGGAGUUCCCGUUACCCCUGUCUCCAGGUGUUCGUGAGCCUCAACUCCUCAGGGAAGGUGGUGCAACUGUUGCACAACGAGGAGACGCAUGACAGCAAUCCUGAGGUCUGGACUGCGAAGGGCCAAAACACUUAUUGCUUCUACAUCCCAAAGUGCCGUAAGGACUACACGGCCACGCACAUUGUGGUUCAGAACAUUUCGGAGCAUCUCAGGUCUCAGCACAAGGUCCAGUGUUUCGUGGACCCCACGGACAGAACGGACAGCGCCAUCCUGACACAGAUCUACGGUCAGGUGGCCGUCUUCCACUCCCUGUUCUGGCCAACCUGCACCUUGAUUGGAGGAACCAUCAUCAUCGCCAUGGUGAAGCUGACCCAGUACCUGUCCAUCAUGUGCGAGGGAGUAAGCCGCAUUAAGAGGUGAAGGGGAAGGAAGGCCAUUAGUUCAAAAGGAAGCUCCCCGAUAUACGGACAUGGGGACAACUGAAGCAGCUUCAAAGGGGCCGAGACUGAAGGACACAGAGGGAAAGCCCUGUAGAGACGAGUGGUCGGUCUGUGACAGCUGGAAUGUUGGGAUUCAAAGACGCGUAUCAGAGACAAUCUAAAAGCUGCUAGAAAGAUGAGCAUAUAUUUUUGAGACCUGCUGCUGGUGGAAGUCAGUCACGCAUUUUGAAACUAUAAUUUCCACUAUUCUUGUUGGCCAAUCAGUAGUUUUGAAGAAUUUGUACAAAUGUGACGUAAUGUUUUUUAACAAUUCUGCGUUAUGUAGCUUUUCAACACUGGUUGUUCAAGGAAUAGUUCGACAUAAAAACACACUUCUGUGCUUUCUUGCCGAGAGAUGAGAAGAUUGACAUCACUCUUGUAUUCGUCCAUCAAAUAUGAAGCUGCAGCUGAUUGGCUUUGCACAAAUACCGGAAGGGUGGAGGUCAAACAACAAACUCUGUGCAAAGGCAACAAAAUCUGCCUUAGCAACAACCCUUAAGCUCACUAAUUAACACGCUAUAUCUUGUUUGUUUGACACAGGCUAGCUGUUUAUCCCCCUGCUAGUAAUCUACAGCAUGUGUUAACCUGGGCUAACAGCCUGCUGGCUGUGGCUUCAUAUUUAGCAUAGAGACACACGAGUGGUUUCAAUCUUCUCACGUAACUCUCGGUAAGCAAGCGAAUGGGCGGUAUUUCCCAAAAUGUCGAAGUAUUUCUUUAAAGUCAGAUCUUAAACUGCAACUUCCAGAAAGUGCUCUUCGGGCUAUCUGAUGUAGGCCUGCCUGUUUACCAACCACUGCUGUGGUGUUAGAAAGUGCGAAUACUGAGUGCACAAAGUGCACACAAUACCAAAGAGACCAAUUUUAUGCUUCACUCCACUGUUUGCUCACUUACCACAUUCAGUAAUGUCUUUGAUUCGCUCCUCUCAGGCUAAAGACCAGAGGAUAGGUUAGUGGCAGCCGUUCAGAUACAGUGUUGUGCAUAUAGUGCGUCGAGCAGUGCAAUUAAGGAAAUGGCCUCUGAAAAGGAAAACCACUGAAGCCUAUUUUCUACUAUAUUCAUCAGGCUGAACAAUGUUUACUCAUAGCUUCAUCCACUACACCAGUGCUGCCUGUGACUGAUUUUAAAUGUUCUAUCCAAACAUGUUUUGUUACACAAAUGAUGCACUAUUAAUAAACACCAUGUGCCUGUUACCUCUUGAUAAUGAAGUUUGACACUUUAAAUAGCUUCAACUAUAACUGUUUCACGAUGACUGACAUCAUUGACACGCCCUGUGUUGACUGGGUGGUAAAUAUCUAAUGGGCCCAUUUUUCAUCCGACCGCACCUGUACGAUCAGUCUAAUAACUGAUGUGGACCGACUGAUCCGAUGUUGUGAUCAAAGGUGUUACAGAGACAGGACAACCUGCUAUGGUUGUUGUUGUUGCCUUGCUCUUAGAAAUUAAGUAUUAUUUGGAGUACAAUAUAUCUGGAGGAACUGUAUUAAGCCACAUAAUAUCUGGUUCAAUUAAUAAAGCAUGCAAAAACAUACAGUACACUGCCAUUUAAAAGUUUGGAAUCACUC